GUCUUACAGAUAAUAUAUGUUAUCAAAUAUGUGGCUAAAUAUUUUUUACUUAAAAGCAGACAACAUCCCAGUGAUUCUCAUUCUUUCGCCGAACGACGUGAACGUGAAAAGUCGUAUCUAAUUCUCUUCGCGUAUGGUUAUAUCUCGUGUUUUAUAUUGUUUUGAAUCAAGUAAAUUUAAUACUUACCUUAUUGACACAUAGUACUUUAGAAUGCCGCAAAACUACGGUUCGAAUUCAUCGCCAACUUCUGACGGCCAGACAGAAAAUAAAUGCGAAGUUAGUACUUUUCGAACGGCAUUGCCGCAAUUUUGUGUGGUCGGUGUUAAGAACUUAAUUUUAUUAGGAUGGGGUUUGAUUUUGGGUUAUCCAACCAUUUUAUUACCCGGUUUAGAUAAAGAUUCAGACUGGCCCCUAUCUGGCGAUGAAAUAAGUUGGAUUGGAUCGAUAAAUUUAUUGUGCGUUCCGUUAGGUAGUUUAACAUCGGGUUUACUAAUGGAGAAACUUGGAAAACGGAGAAUGAUGCAGCUUUUGAAUUUGCCAAUGUUGGCUGCAUGGGCGCUAUUAUACUAUGCAAACAGUCUUACACAGAUUUACAUUGCACUUGGUUUGUCUGGAAUGAGUGGUGGGCUAUUAGAGGCGCCGCUAUUACUUUAUAUCGCCGAUACCAUUCAACCGCGUUAUCGUGGCAUGUUGACUGCGUCGGGUACGGCUACAGUUUUGGGUGGCGUAUGUUUACAGUUUAUCAUUGGUUCAGUGUUGGAUUGGCGAUCGGUGGCUUUAAUUUCGGCCAUAGUUCCAUUUCUUGCAUUUAAUGCUGUGUUUUUGGUGCCGGAGAGUCCAUUUUGGUUAUAUCAAAAGAAUCGUAUUCAAGAUGCUCAAAAGUCGUUAUGCUGGCUGAGAGGGUGGGUGGAGUUCAAAGCGGUUGAAAACGAAUUUCAUGGUAUCAUUCGUUCGGUUGAGGAUAUUCGCGCCGAUAAAAAAGUUAAUUCGAUUAAAAAGUGGAGCAAACAGGCUGAACCAUUCAUGAGACGUGGCUUCAUUCUACCAUUCGCAUUGAUUUUUGUCAGUUUUAUAUUUCAACAUUUCUCGGGAAUAACGCCACUUCAAACGUAUGCCAUUGAAAUUUUGAGCACAUAUAAAGUUCCAGUCAAACCAUACAGUGCGACAAUUUUUAUUGGGGCCGCUCAAGUGAUCGGCUGUUUAAUUGGCACAAUAUUUGUACGAUCAACAGGCAAACGACCGUUGGUAUUUGCAUCGUUCAUUGGAUGUAGUUUAUGCUUUUUUGGAUUAGGACUACAAUCAUAUCUAAAAGAAAAACCCAUGCCGUUCACGUCAAAGUCAAUCGAUGUUGGAUCGGCCAUUGAUAAUCUUCAACAGGAUGUUUUUUAUUCAAUUAAUUCAAUUCGCAAUCGUAUGGAUGACGAAGCAACGCAAAAUAAUACACUUUCUGAAGCGAUCGAAAAAAUUAACUUACUCAUCGAUUUUGGUCAAAAUUCGAGCCAAUUACCUAGUGCGACGAAUCAAAAUGAUACCGAGAAACUUAUCGAAUUACUUAACAUAACAAAAAUGAUUAUUCUUCCAUCGAUGAUAAACGAUGAAAACAAACAAGAAACAUCUAGAAUCGUUAAGAAAAUUGAGCAAGACAUGUGGAGUGUAUUGACAUCAAAUGACACUAUUAAGCAGUCACAUCUGGUAAAUGAAUUAAAUGAAAUGUCCAAAGGUUUGCAGACAUUCACGCCAAGCAUUUUGGCUAGAUCAGCCGACAAAAAUGCUGAAACGUUGGAAAUUUAUCAAUGGAUGCCAUUUAUAUUGUUAUUAUGCGGUACAACGUUUGGUCAUUUUGGUGCAAAGUUGUUUCCAUGGAUGUUAAUCGGAGAGGUCUAUCCAAUGGAUGUUCGUAGUGUGGCAGCUGGUAUGUCGAGUGCGAUUGGCUAUUUGGUUGGAUUUGCAUCGAAUAAAACAUUUGUGUCAUUGAAAACUGCAUUCACGCUCGAUGGAACAUUUUGGAUUUAUUCAGCGGUGUCUCUAAUUGGAUGUGUGAUUUUAGUGUUUAUACUUCCAGAAACAGAAAAUCAAACCCUAGAGUAUGUGCAAGAAUUUUUCAGUAAAAAGAAAAUGAAGCGACCCCAAGAAAAUGAUGAAAACUGUAAUGUUGCGUAAAAGCAGACAGAAUCUAUUUUUCUACAUGUAUAGAACUUAAAUUAAGAUAUUUUCCCUAGUUUUAUUGUUUACAAGUGUAUUUUCUGAAUAGAAUUAAAAUGUUUUGGCAACAUUUGCCAUCUGUUUAA